AUGCCCACGAAAACCGCCUGCUCGCCUGUGGCCUUCACCAGCGACCAGGGACAAUAUUCUCCCCUCUCCGGGGACGACAGCAGCUCGUUCGAUUCCAUCAGCACCGUCCUGUCUCCGGACGGCGCCCCGACCCUUCGCCUGGGCUCGGGAGACGACGCUGGCAGCCUGCGCGCUCGGAAGUCCGGGCAGGGCGCCCCGGAGAGCAGAAAGAAGAAAGCGAGGAGCCGCUCCAGGGUGAAAAACGAAGCCACGGCGACCAAGCAGCGGAAGAACCGGCGCACGAAAGCGAAUGACCGGGAGCGCAACCGCAUGCACAAUCUAAACGACGCGCUGGACGCGUUGCGGGGAGUCCUGCCCACCUUCCCGGACGAUGCCAAGUUGACCAAAAUCGAAACGCUCCGUUUCGCUCACAAUUACAUCUGGGCGCUGACCGAGGCGCUGCGGAUGGCGGAGCAAGGGCGCCCGACCUACGUGGCCAGCGGCCGGGGACACUCCUUCGAGCUCGCCAGCUCCCCGCCAUCGCCAUCCUCCUCCGACUGGGACUGCUCGCAUUCCGCCGAGUCCCUCAGCCCCCAGAGCUCCGCCGACGAGAUGUUCCUGUCGGCGCAACAGGAGCGAACCCACGGCCUGCACAGCCCGACUUACGCCGGCUUCGUUUGACUCUUGCGUUGUGUAGACAACACCGCUGCCCUCUCCCACCUUCCAUGCGCGGCGCUGGUGGCGGCGCGGUAACCACACUUGCCUUAUUCGCCCCCUGGAGUAGUUAGACACUGCUUGGACAUCUUGG